AGAGAGAUAGAGGCAGGCCAGCCUCCCUCGCAGCGGCAUCAACAACAAACAAGAAGCUGUCCCUUUCCAUCUCCUCUCUUGUUCCGUUACUACUCACCCUCCCACUCCGCUCCUCUCCUCUCCUCUUCAAGGCAACAAUCCCUUGAGAAACCAAGAAUGGCUCGCGAGAUGAAUGGCUUCUUCACCGCCGCCGUUCCCCCGGCGCCGUUCCAGGCGGAGGCCGACGAAGCGGAGGACGGCAGCGGCGGGAGCGGGAGUGGGCAGGGGAAGCUCUGCUCAAGGGGCCACUGGAGGCCCGCCGAGGACGCCAGGCUCAGGGAGCUCGUCGCGCAGUACGGUCCCCAGAACUGGAACCUCAUCGCCGAGAAGCUCGACGGCAGAUCAGGGAAGAGCUGCCGCCUGCGGUGGUUCAACCAGCUGGACCCGCGGAUCAACCGGCGGGCGUUCACGGAGGAGGAGGAGGAGCGGCUCAUGGGCGCGCACCGCGCCUACGGCAACAAGUGGGCGCUCAUCGCGCGCCUCUUCCCCGGCCGCACCGACAACGCCGUCAAGAACCACUGGCACGUCCUCAUGGCCCGCCGGCAGCGGGAGCAGUCGGGCGCCUUCCGCCGCCGCACCAAGCCCGCCUCCUCCUCGCCGUCCUCCACCGCCCCGCCGCCGCCGCCGCCGCACUUCCCGUCCGUCGUCCUCCCCCAGCACCAGCACCCGCACAACGGCUCCUCUCCCAUGCCGCUCAACCACCCGUACGCCAUCGGGGUGGCGAUUGCGGCCGGGCUCGGUCCCGCGUACAGCGGCGGCGAGUCGGACGAGUCAGCGUCCACCUGCACCACCGACCUCUCCCUCAGCGCCGGCAGCGCCGCCGCUAUCCCCUGCUUCUACCACCACCACAACCACCAACAGAGCUACGACAUGGCUCCGCAACCGCAAGCCGCGCCGCAGCCCUUCGCCCCGAGCCCGCGCUCCGCCUUCUCCGCCCCGUCGUCCUCGUCGGCGCGGCAACAGCAGCAGCGACAGGACGCCGCCGACCAGGACGGCGACAAGCCCACCGUGCCCUUCUUCGACUUCCUCGGCGUCGGAUCGACAUGACUUCGCCGGGCAGGCGCUGUACAGGCGGAGGCCGAGAUCAAUCCCCAUCGAUCAAUCAUCAGUCGUAGCUAGUUAAGCUUAUAGUGUUAAGAAGAACCAGAUUAUUAAUUAGGAGGAGCAUGUCGAUCCGUGCGCGCGGGCAUGGUGAUCGAUGUGACCUCUCUGCCAGGCCCUACUCCUCAGUUUUGCUGCUCAGAUUACUGUUGAGAUUAUUCAGGUGGAGAAGAAGGGAACUGGUCGCGCAUGUAGUAGCAGUGGCAACACAAGCCGGUUGCCUCUCCGGUGUCUUAGUUUCAUGUUCUGUUCUCUUUGUUAAUCUUCUUUACCAUUUGUGUAUCGAAGAAGAAAAAACUAAUUCCGACCCC